AUGGCCUCAAACACAUCUAUUCUAUCAAACCAAACUCUGCGAGAAUAUCGAAGCGCAAUCCACCAGCACAAUGACAAGUUUAUCAAAGACAUGCCUAAAGUCGAAAUGCAUGUCCAUAUCGAGGGCACAAUGACACCCGAACUCCGGUGGGAGCUCGCGCAACGGCGCGGAGAGUCAGUUCUCAAUAUCAAUACCCAGCAGCCUUGCGAGAGUCUAUCGGAGCUAAAGGGUAUGUAUGAGCUCCUCAAUGACCUGGAUGCAGGGGGUGUAAAUGGCGGAAUGCAGCGAUUCUUUGAACUGUAUUACGGUGGUUUCAGUGUCCUCCAGGAUGGAGAGGACUUUUAUCGUCUGGCAAUGAAUUACUUCAGGCAGGCUGCUUCCAUGAAUGUUCGGUAUUGUGAGCCGUUUUUUGACCCGCAGGGUCAUACGCGAAGAGGUGUUCCUUUUAGGAAGAUGAUGGAUGGGUUUAAGAGGGCUCAGAGUGAGGCUGUUCGGGAUCUUGGGGUCCACUCCCAGUGGAUAAUGUGCAUGUUACGAGACAUGUCCCCGGAAUCUGCUAUGGAGCAUUAUCUCCAGGCACUACCAUAUCGAGACAUGAUUGUGGGAAUCGGAUUGGACUCUUUAGAGGUGGACCGUCCGCCAUUGCUCUUUGAAGACGUUUUUCUCCGCGCUCGCAAAGAUGGUUUCAAAAUUACCUGCCAUUGCGACGUCGGCGAUAAGGAUACAAUGAGGAACAUUGGCCAAGUGGUUGACCAGCUGGGAGGAAGCGGAGCGGACAGGAUUGAUCAUGGGUUACAUGCCGCCGACGAUUCAUUUCUUCUUCAGAGGGUCAAAGAAAAGGACCUUGGAAUGACGAUUUGUCCGUGGGGUUAUCUGUGCUACUCUGGAGAGGCUCAGAUUAUUGAUCGGGUUCGCAAGUUGUUCAACGCUGGCAUCAGAAUAGCCAUUGGCAGUGAUGACCCGUCAUAUAUGGAGGAUAUUUGGCUGAACAACAGUCUUUACCUGCUUCGUGUACUGGGCAAUUUCACUGAUGCCGAGUUCGUCCAGCUACAACGGAAUGCCGUUGAUAUGUGUUGGGCCUCUGAUGAUAUUAAAGCAUCAAUCCUGAAGGAACUUGGGGGGUUUGAGAUGAAGGAAGAGGCAAAACAUGGCAGCCAUGCGGUUUAG